UCAUUGGAUGCCUUUCGUGCGUCAACUCGGAGCCAUAACCCAGCUACACCGAUGCUCGCCGACCCCUACUGAGCCGCCCCUCUCGCAGGCCAGCCUUUGGUGGAGCAAGCAUUGGGAUAAAUUGACGUCGAGGAUUGCGACAAUGCGGUUCAACAUAGACAUCUUUCACUCCUGUUCUUUCCAGAAACCCUAUCCUCGCUCAUACAGUCAUGACUGGUCCAUCUUACUCUUCCAACCACGCUAGUCUUCAUUACCCGCCGAAUGACGGCUCUUUGAACCACCCUGAGGUCCUCGAGUUCAAUGCGAAACAUAACCCGGACGCCCCCUUUUUCAUCUUCGCACGUGACGUUGAGGGCAAUGAAUUUGCGACUAUAACUCAUCGAGAGUUCCGAGAUGGGUGUCAUCGCGUAGCCCAUGCUCUCCGCCCGGGACGAGAGGGACCCGAAGGCCAGGUCUUCAGUAUCAUCGCAAAUUCAGACUCGAUCUUGUACCAGACGUAUGUCAUGGGCAUGAUUCUUGCAGGCUUUGUGCCGUAUCCGAUGUCUCCGAGGAAUUCUGCGCGGGCCGUUGUGAGCAUGAUGACCAAGGUCUCAUCUCAUCACAUCCUUGCUACACCGGAUGUCGCUAGUACGCUCAUUCGCGACGUCAAGCGAGAGUUAGAGGCGUCCUCGACGUCGAAUUAUCCAAUUCAUGUGGUCAACACGCCCAGGUUAGACCUCGUCUACCCUCAGCUAGUCGCCAAGGAUGCUUCCGCAUCGGUCGAAGACUAUCCUUCCGCCCCCCAUCGUCCUGCCCCUUCGGACGUCAUGUUGUACUUGCAUUCGUCGGGCAGUACUGGCCACCCGAAGUCUAUCCCUCAGACGUACCAGACGUCGCUAGAUUGGGCUCGUCUCCCCUUUGCCCACGAUAUGCCUAAUUAUCCUACAUACUUGCGCAUCGGCGCCAUGUCUCUGCCUCCGUUCCACACACUUGGUCUCUCAAUACAACUAUACACCCCAAUGUUUGCGCUUCGCCCCGUCGUGCAUUUCCGCCCGUCCGCGCUUGACUCCACCGCCACCCUCCCUGUCGCUCCUAAUGCCGAAAACCUCAUCGAAUACAUCAAGAAGUCCAAGGUCAAUAUGAUCAUUGUCGUCCCCUCCUUCCUCGAGCAGUGGUCGAAUGAACCCAAGCAGAUCGAGAUUCUCAAGGGAUUAGAGUUCGUCGUUUAUUCCGGUGGCCCCCUUUCGAUCAAGUGCGGUGAUGCGUUGGCUGCGCAGGGCGUACGCAUCGUCCCACUGUAUGGCGGGACUGAAUUCGGAGGGGUGUCGUGCUGCGUACCCAACCCACGUACUGACGCGCGUGAGGAUUGGGUGUGGAUACGCAUCCCCGAAAUCGUGAAGACGCGAUGGGUCCCUCAAGGUGAUGAUACUUAUGAACUGCAAAUUCUGACGUCAGAAUCGUUCCGCCCCUCCGUCGAGAACAUUCCCGAUGUUCGUGGAUACGCAACCUCGGAUGUCUUUGAGAAGCACCCUACAAAGGAAGGGCUCUGGCGCAUCGUCGGGCGCGCUGAUGAUGUCAUCAUCCUCUCAACGGGGGAAAAGACAGUCCCAGUGCCGAUGGAGGGCGCGAUUCUCGCGCAACCAGCCGUCGCCGGAGUUGUGCUCUUUGGACGUGAACGCACUCAAGUAGGCGCCCUCGUCGAGCCGCGACAAGGGUACAAAGUAGAUGUCAAUGACCCUGCUCAGAUCGCCAAGUUCCGAAACUUGAUAUGGCCAGCCGUCGAGGAAGCGAACAAAGAUGCACCCACAUUCAGUCGCAUCUUCAAAGAGAUGGUCCUUGUCACUAGCCCCGACAAACCGAUGCUCCGCGCUGCGAAGGGCACGGUAAAUAAGAAGGCGACAAUCAAACUUUACCAGUCCGAAAUUGACCAGCUAUAUGACACUGUUUUGGCGAGCGCAAGCGCAGGUACAGAUGUCCCACUUCCUGAGAGCUGGACGCCCGAUGCCGUCGAGCCCUGGCUCCAGACGCACAUCACCCACAUCAAUAAUGAUAAGAAGGCUGAUCCGGGUGUCGACUUUUUCGCUCAGGGUUUCGACAGCCUGUCGGCGACGUUCCUGCGGAAUCGCAUCGUUGGCUCGCUCAAGCACGCGGACGACCCAGAACUCAGAGAACGCUCUGAGAAGAUCAGCCAGAACUUUAUCUUCGCCUACCCGACGGUGCAUCAACUCGCUCGAGCUGUUUGCGCGAUCGUCAAAGGAGAAUCAGGCGAAGCUGCGAUUGACGUCGCUCGACAUGUGGAGGCGAUGGAAGCAAUGAUCAAGAAGUACUCGGUCGGACUCCCUGGCGCUGGUGCGAAAGCGGCGCCGAACGGUCACGUCGCCAUGCCAAAGGGCGCAAGCGUAGUUCUUCUGACGGGCUCGACGGGUGCGCUCGGAAGCGAGCUCCUGGCAGGGCUUCUUGCCCGAGACGAUGUGCAGACCGUGUACGCGUUCAACCGACCCGGAAAAGGGCAGUCUCUUCUCGAGCGUCAGUCGGCGGCGUUUGAGUCACGCGGGCUGGACUCGAAGAUUCUCAAGUCCGAUAAGCUGGUGUUGAUCGAGGGGGACGCGGAGCAGGAGAACCUUGGCCUACCCGACGACAUCUACGAGAAGAUCCGCAGUUCAGUGACUCAUAUUAUUCAUAAUGCUUGGCGCGUCAACUUCAACCUCGCACUCUCCUCAUUCGAGCCCCAAGUUCAUGGUUCCCGUAACUUAAUCGACCUCGCCCGCACAGCUCAGUCUGGACAAGUCCCAGGACGAGGCAGUGUACGGUUCAUGUUUGCGUCGUCUAUCGCCUCUGCGCAGAACUGGUCGCGGGAUCUGCAUGAUGCUGUGAGUAGGGUACCCGAAGAUUUAGGGCCCAAUGUAGAAUGGGCUGUUGGGAAUGGGUACGGAGAAGGGAAGGAAGUCACACAACGGAUCCUAGUCCAAAGCGGCCUCCCAUCGACGAGCUUCCGCAUCGGGCAGAUGUCGGGUGGCUUGCCGCGCGGCGCAUGGUCAACCACCGAGUGGUUCCCAAUCAUCGUCAAGUCAAGUGUCAGCAUGGGGAUGUUACCCGAUGCGAAGGGACUCACAACGUGGCUUCCUAUGGAUGCCGCUGCGCGCGCGAUGCUCGAUGUCACGUUCUCUGCAAACGAGUUGCCGAAAAUACUCAAUCUCGUGCACCCUCGCGGAACACCUUGGUCUAAGUUGAUUGAACCUAUCAGCGAAGCGUUGGCGCGCGUAAACCAAGGGAAGAAGCUCCCUCUCGUGCCGUUCGCCGACUGGUUCGCAGAGCUCGAGAGACUUUCGCAGGCCCCAAAUGCGGGAGACGAAGCGGAGAUCCAGAGAGUGCCCGCACUGAAGUUGCUUGAUUUCAUGCGCGGCCUCGCCCGCGCGGACAUCGCCAUGCGCGAAGCACAAGAUACGGACGAGCUCGAAGCCGUGGGAUUCCAGCCAUUUGCGACGGCUAAGGCGCAAGAAGUGAGCGAGACAAUGCGUACGCUGGAACCACUUACUGCUCGUGAUGCAUUGCGCUGGGUCGAGUACUGGGAUUCCGUGGGUAUGUUCGCGAGCGCUUGA